UACCCAGUGUGGUGAGAAGAGGAUCAAGUUUGCAUACCACAUACUCUGUAGCCCAUGCACAAAAACCAGUAACCAAUGUGCAAAAUGUGCACAGAAGACUGGAAUUAUUGGAAAAGCUGUGCUGCCUGGACAAACGCCUGAAGAACAGAUGGAGAAGACGAUUUUGGAUAAAAAAAUGAAAGAGCUUCCAGAACGGCAAAGAAGAUCCAUUUUAAGGAACGGCGGCCCACAGCUACAGGAUCAUGAUGAUGACGAGCUUGAUGAACAUUUGAAUGACAGCACUUCAAGUGAUAGUUGAAUAGCUACUAGCUAAUCAAGCUAAACAGCUAAACACUAAUUUAUCCAUGACUGACAGUUAUCAAUGAAGUUCUGUUAUGUCUAUAAGACUUAUUUAAAGGCUACAACUUUAUUCCAGCAUAUGUAGCGGUAGCAGGCCCUUGAUACCUCACUCCACGUCAGUUGUAGUCAUGGUAGGUAACAACGAUAGGAUCCUUGGUCAUGUGUUAUAAGAUGACAUGUGAGUAACUUAGGUGAGUGAAGAGUUGGAACAACAUAGAAAAUGGAACUGACACCUAAUAAUAUCAAGAGUACACUAUAAGCAGAUUUGUUUAUCAUGUCAUACUGGACAGCGUGAAUGAAUUUUCUGGUUGUCACACUCAACAAAUCGGGUGAAGAUAGUAUACCUAUCUUAGUGAACUAAUGUAAAAAGUAUUUUUUCCUUAUUUUGGUGCGGUGCAUUUUCAAUGUGAAUAAAUAAAUUUGUGAAAUUAA